AUGAUUUACAAUCUUUCCAUGGCUCUUACCAGACAACAAAAGAAAGAACUUAUAGCAUUCUUAAAUGCUCGACAUCGUAUACACAAACAAGAAUUGGAAUCCCGAAUGACUGCGGUGGAAUCAGAAAUGAGAGAGAAACUUCUACGUCGAUUGAAUGCUGUUAGUGUUAAGUUGUGGACGCUUAAGAUCUCAGAAGUGUUAACCAUUGAACGUCGACAUCGACCAGAAUUAAAGCGGUUGGUUGAAGAAGUAAUGGAAAUAAGGAGGAAUAAACGAUAA